UUUGCGGUUUUUUUUGCCUCCGAUUUGCGGUGGAAAACUUGUUCCGUGUUCCAAAAUCACCAUAAAAAGGGGGGAAAUUCUUCACAUUUUCACCUGUGCCGUGCUGUAGAAGAACAAACUGGACUUUGGUCGUGGUUCCCGUACGUUGAACUAUCGGUGGGAACCGCCUUCCCUCCCGGAGAACCAUCAUCUACCGGCUCGUGUUUUGUAGGUUUAAGUUUGAAAAAAUCCGCGAAUCGCCUCGAAAUGCUACGAAUCGCAACGAACGGUUCUUUGGUGCGAGCAUUUUCCUUGCUACAGAUCACCUCCCGUGCCGGGCCGGCACCAGUGUGCACCAGCUUUGCCAGAAAACAUUCUACACUCGUGCCCGAACAGUCCAACAUCCGGCCGAUGCUGCAGCCUUCCGUUCCGGCAUUACAUAAUUCACGGUCAACAAGUUUCUUCAACAAAUUGCCCGCCGAACAGAUAUGGAAGGGAGUCAUCUCAGUGAGUAACGCCGGCAAGAAGCGCGGUCGCGGUAAAGGAUCGGGUCGAAUCACGGCGAAGGAUCUGAACAAGGGGCAGGUGAUUGGCAUGGGCAAGGCAAACAUCGUAUGGCCUGGCCUUUCGGCCCCCGUGGUCCGGGGUCGGGAAUUGGUCCAGCAACAGCGCCUGCCGGAAGAUAAGGAACGAGAGGCGAAGCUAAGACGCAUCCGCGACGAAAUGGUCAACUUCAAGCGUCUCAAACUGAGCCCCCUGGAGCGGGGCUGGUCGGGAUCGAAGAUGCCAGGCCGCAGCCUUGGACCACCGGAUGCGAUCGGUGAGGAUGAGUUUGUCGGGUUCGACACCAAGUGUCUGGAACUGAAAGCGGUCGUCAACAUGAAAGGCAACCAUGGACGCAAGCGGCGCGUUUCGGCCAUGGUCGUCACGGGGAAUGGAAACGGACUGGCCGGGUUCGGGUUCGGAAAGGCGAUCGAAGGUCGGGCGGCACUGCGGCAGGCAAAGAACCGUGCCGGCCAGAAGCUGAUGCACUUUGAGCUGUGCAACGGAAACACGGUGUUUCAUGACUUCCAUUGCCAGUUCGGUGCCACGAAGCUGUUCGUCGAACGCAAACCGGAAGGCUACGGGUUAAGGUGCCACCGAGCGAUACGCACCGUGUGCGAAGUGCUCGGAAUCAAGGAUCUGCGGGCAAAGUGUGAGGGCUCCACCAACGUGCAGCACGUCGUGAAGGCGUUCUUUAUCGGAUUGCUGCAACAGAAGCACCACCAACAGAUUGCGGAGGAGAAGGGUCUGCACGUGGUCGAGUUCCGGCCGGAAACGAUGAACUUCCCGAAGGUGGUCGCUAGCCCGACGCGGUGCCGCACGGAGGAGGAAAUUGAGAACAAUGAAAUCCUCGACUUCACCCAGUACUGCAUGGGCGGUAAGAUUCAGCUGCAGAAGAAAAAGUUCCCGCCCUUCUACACCAAGUUCCGCUCGUGGGAUAUCUACAUGAAAAAGCAGGAGUAUCUGCGAAACCAGGACAAGGUGCGGAUACGGAUGCUGGCCGAGACGGGUGAGGUGCGCAGCUUUUUGACCGAAAAGUAUCCCGAAUGUCGGAUGGGUCCUGGACGGAAGGAGGAAUAAGGCCACGGAGAACGAUGAGGCGACUAGGACGAAGUAAACGAAAAUAAAACUCUUCCAUUUUAGAAGAAUGAAAAGGUA